AAGUUGGGAGCGGAGCUUCAUCCCCGCGUCCUUGCAGAGAUGCGGUGGUCAUUGAAACAGCGCACAUCCAAAACAAGAAUUUAGACGGUGACUGUUAUUUUAAAAACAAUAAGUGAAGAUGACAGUACCGAAAGACAUCCCGGAGAAAUGGUUUCCUCUCGUUCUUCCACUGAAAAGGAAGAAACAGAAAGGACUAAAGGAAGCCAAAAAGAAAAAGAAGCGGACAGAGGAGGAGAGAAGGGUCAGAGCCAAUGACAGGGAGUAUAAUGAAAAGUUUCAGUAUGCGAGUAACUGCAUCAUGACAUCCAAGUACAACGUCGUCACCUUUCUGCCCGUCAACUUGUUUGAGCAGUUCCAGGAAGUAGCCAACACCUACUUCCUUUUUCUGCUCAUUCUGCAGUUAAUACCUCAGAUCUCCUCCCUCUCCUGGUUCACCACCAUCGUGCCUUUAGCUCUGGUGCUGAGCAUCACCGCAGUAAAGGAUGCCACAGAUGACUAUUUUCGUCACAAAAGCGACAACCAAGUGAACAACCGUCAGUCUCAGGUCCUCAUCCGUGGCUCGCUACAGAAUGAAAAGUGGAUGAAUGUGCGAGUGGGUGAUAUCAUAAAACUGGAGAACAACCAGUUUGUGGCAGCUGACCUGCUCCUGUUGUCCAGCAGCGAACCUCACGGGCUCUGUUACAUCGAGACAGCCGAGCUGGACGGAGAGACCAAUAUGAAGGUGCGUCAGUCUGUCUCAGUGACAUCUGAACUCGGAGACCAGAACAACUUGGCUUCAUUCGACGGAGAGGUGGUGUGUGAGCCUCCCAACAACAAGCUGGAUCGUUUCUGUGGGACUCUGUACUGGAGAGACAAGAAAUACGCCCUGACCAACCAGAACAUGCUGCUACGAGGAUGUGUCCUCCGCAACACAGAGGCCUGCUACGGCCUGGUCAUCUUUGCAGGUCCAGAUACCAAGCUAAUGCAGAACAGCGGUCGUACCAAGUUUAAGCGUACAAGCAUCGAUCGCCUGAUGAACACUCUGGUCCUCUGGAUCUUUGGCUUCCUGGUGUGUAUGGGUGUGAUUCUGGCUGUGGGGAAUGCAGUGUGGGAGAGAGAGGUGGGCUCCCUGUUUCAGAGCUAUCUGCCCUGGGACCCCCCUGUGGACAACUUCCUGUUCUCGGCCUUCCUCUCCUUCUGGUCCUAUGUCAUCAUUCUCAACACUGUGGUGCCCAUCUCUCUGUAUGUCAGCGUGGAGGUGAUCAGGCUCGGUCACAGCUACUUCAUUAACUGGGACCAGCAGAUGUUCUGCUCACAGUUUAACACAGCAGCCGAGGCCAGGACCACGACUCUGAACGAGGAGCUGGGUCAGGUUGAAUACAUCUUCAGUGAUAAGACUGGAACGCUCACUCAGAACAUCAUGAGCUUCAAUAAGUGCUCCAUCAAUGGACAGACUUAUGGUGAAGGAACAGACCCGUUGGGACCUCAACCAAAGAGAUUGGACUUCACUCCCUUCAACCCCCUGGCGGACCCCGACUUCUGUUUCUAUGAUGACACCCUGCUGGAAUCAGUGAAAGUCGGAGAUGCGCACACUCACGAGUUUUUCCGCCUGCUCUCCCUCUGUCACACCGUCAUGAGUGAGGAGAAGAGCGAGGGAGAGCUGAUUUAUAAGGCUCAGUCUCCAGAUGAGGGCGCUUUAGUGACGGCGGCUCGAAACUUUGGCUUUGUGUUUCGUUCCCGAACACCCGGGACGAUAACGACCACAGAGAUGGGACGAACUGUCAUUUACACUCUGCUCGCCAUACUGGACUUCAACAACAUACGCAAGAGGAUGUCUGUUAUAGUGCGUAACCCAGAGGGCAAAAUCCGUCUGUACUGUAAAGGAGCUGACACUGUGCUGCUGGAGAGACUCCACCCCUGCAACCAGGAACUGAUGAAUAUUACCUCAGACCACCUCAAUGAGUAUGCCGCAGACGGUUUGCGGACGCUGGCGCUGGCCUACAGGGACCUGUCAGAGGACGAGUGGGAGUCGUGGUCAGAGAGCCACCGCUGCGCUGACAAGGCCGCCAGCUGCAGAGAAGACCGUCUGGCAGCCGCUUAUGAGCAGAUAGAACAAGACAUGAUGCUCCUGGGUGCCACAGCGAUAGAGGACAAGCUGCAGGAAGGCGUCCCUGAGACCAUCGCUGUUCUGUCGCUCGCCAACAUUAAGAUCUGGGUUCUCACUGGAGACAAGCAGGAGACGGCUGUCAAUAUAGGUUACUCCUGCAAGAUGCUCACAGACGAUAUGACCGAGGUGUUCAUCAUCAGUGGACACACUGUCCAGAGCGUGCGGCAGGAGCUCGGGAGGGCGAGGGAAAGGAUGAUCGAGCUGUCGCAAGCCAGAGAUGGAGGGAAGGAGGAGGGGAUGGAGGGAUGUUUCAUGGCUAACGGGUUUAGAGAAGGUCAAGAAGGAGAUGGUACGGGAGGAGGAGGGAAACAGCUGCAGUGCCCUCCUCCUCCUCCUCCUCCUCCACCUCCUCCUCCUCCACCUCCAACUCCAACUCCUUCCAACCUCAUGGACAACAUCUCUGGAGAGUUUGCGAUCGUAAUCAACGGUCACAGUCUGGCCCAUGCACUAGAAGCAGACAUGGAGACGGAGUUUGUGUCGACGGCGUGCGCGUGCAAAGCAGUGAUCUGCUGCAGAGUCACCCCGCUGCAAAAAGCUCAGGUGGUGGAGCUCAUAAAGAAACACAAGAAAGCCGUCACUCUGGCUAUCGGAGACGGAGCUAACGACAUUAGCAUGAUUAAAAGUGCUCAUAUCGGCGUUGGUAUCUCAGGUCAGGAGGGGAUCCAGGCCGUGCUGGCCAGUGACUACUCCUUCUCCCAGUUCCGCUUCCUACAGCGCCUCCUGCUGGUGCACGGCCGCUGGUCCUACCUGCGCAUGUGCCGUUUCCUCUGCUACUUCUUCUACAAGAACUUUGCCUUCACCAUGGUGCACUUCUGGUUCGGCUUCUUCUGUGGCUUCUCAGCCCAGACGGUGUAUGAUCAGUACUUCAUCACACUCUACAACAUUGUCUACACGUCCCUCCCUGUGCUGGCCAUGGGGAUAUUUGAUCAGGAUGUUCCCGACCAGAGGAGUCUGGAGUAUCCGAAGCUGUAUGAACCCGGACAGCUCAACCUCCUCUUCAACAAGAGAGAGUUCUUCAUCUGCAUCGCCCAGGGCAUCUACACAUCAGUGGUCCUGUUUUUCGUCCCCUGUGCCGUCCUAUCCGACGCCUCUCAGAGCACCGGCGUGCCCCUCGCUGACUACCAGACCUUUGCAGUCACCACAGCAACAGCCCUGGUCAUUGUGGUCAGCGUACAGAUCGCUCUUGACACAGGCUUCUGGACUGUUAUCAACCAUGUGUUUGUGUGGGGCUCUUUGGGCUCCUACUUCACCAUCAUGUUUGCUCUGCACAGUCAGACCCUCUUCAGGAUUUUUCCCAAUCAGUUCCACUUUGUAGGUAGCGCCCAGAGCACGUUGUUGCAGCCAGUGGUGUGGUUAACUAUUGCGCUGGCAACGGCAAUAUGCAUAGUUCCAGUUUUGGCAUUCCGGUUCCUCAAGGUGGACCUCAAACCUCAGCUCUCAGACACGGUGCGCUACACUCAGCUGGUCCGGCAGAAGAAGCGUAAGCCGGUAGGUGGUGGCGUGGGUGGGGCGUCCCGUGGCGUGGGCAGCGUGUCAGAGGGCCGUCUGGGAGCUCGCGGUGGAUCGAGGAGGUCUGGCUACGCCUUUGCUCACCAGGAAGGAUUUGGAGAGCUGAUCACCUCAGGGAAGAACAUGAGGCUGUCGUCUCUGGCCCUCGCCACCUUCGCCUCCAGACACAGCUCCAGCUGGAUCGACACGCUCCGCAGGAAGAAACACACUCACACUCACACUCCCCCCAGCGCCUCCGGGGAGUGCAGCCCAGCGCCAAGCUCUGUUUCUGGGUCGGUUCCGCCGCUCUCAAACUCCUCCUCUGUCCUGGGCGGCUCACAGGACACACCCAUCGAGGAGGAGACGCAAAACACACAGACUGUUCCCGCCUCGUCCACACAAACCCCACCAGCUUCUGAAGCAGCUGCACCUCAGGGCUCAGCCCUCAACGCUGGCGUCCUCACCCCCGCAGCGCUGAGGUCCCAUGGGGGAGACUCACCUGGAGGCUGGACGAUCACUCUGGGCGCCAUGCAGGAAGCUCUGUUUGGUUGGAAGGCUCGGGUCGCUGCAUCCAACAGCCCCGGCCCGCCCUCUGUGGCCAAGGACACCAGCCAGAUUGAGUGAAACACACACAAGAUGUGUUGUGUGUUUUCCUGCAGAGAUAUUGAGACACUGAGGACCCACAGACUGUUAUAAAAAGCUCCACACUUCUCUCUGAAACUUCUAUAAUUAAUAAUCAUAGGAAGAAGUGGCUCAUCCUAAUGACAUGGACCUUGCCAACCAUGAAUUGGGAUUUAAAGAAGAUAUACAUGUUCCUACAGUGUGUGAUAACUGUAUUUGCAGUAUUUAACUGAAGGAAAUCAAACUAUUAAUGAUCUAAAAGUUUGUUUCCACUUGUUAUUUCAAGUUUAGCCUCAUUCACGCAGCAUCUCUCAAAAUCAACAACGGGUUGAAUGAAUGGGCAGAAUAACAAGGCAGUGACGUGCAGACGGUAUUAUCUGUAGAAGUGUUUUUGUUAAAAAAAUAUGCUCCAGCCUCUGUGUUCACUAUAGUUCUCAGUGAGAACGGUGCUUUGCGUUACGGGACGCUGCAAGACUGCUGAAAGACUUGUGUCCCUUAUCCUUCUUUUAUCUGUUUUCUUACUUGUUAUACCUCUACUUCAGAUGUUCCUUUUUUGCAUCAUAUUGAUGUGUUUUAUAACGGCCUAGUUGAGUUGCACCUUAAAGUGAGCCCUCAGUGUUUUUCUCUUCUUUACAAGAUUUAUUUUAGGUCUGACAAAGGGCCAGAUCAUGUUAAUGUACCUGAUGUAAUGUCUCGUACCACCGCUGUCUGAAUGAAAAGACACAAUGCUUACUUAAGGGAAGACCUGGGCAAAGUGCAAAGAAACAGACAUUUAAAUGCAAUUUGUCGAACAGUGUUCACUUCAGUAAAGUGCUUUACAUUUUUAUUUGACCAUGAAUAAAGGGAAGGUGUUUUGGGAUAAUUAUGCCUUAAUAAUGCCAAAGUUUUGGUCCUCUCUUUCUGGUUCCUCAUCCUUAAAUCAAGUACAGCAUCCCAUCUGUGUUGCAAAUGCUCCUGUCAGUUAUUGACCCCUGGCCCAGAAUGAGGUGAGAUAAUAAGGGAAACCAGAAAAAUAAAACUGUUCCAGGAUCUGUCCCUAUAAUAAAGCAGCUCUUAGACUGAAAACACAAAAGAAUGCUUAUAUGAAAUGAAAAUACUGUGCAGUGUUUGGCCCCAUGAGUUGUUUAAGCAGGGGUCAGCUUUCUGGGUGGAAAACAGAGUUGUUGAACGGUUAAUAAACAUGUUAACUCUCUUUCAAAUGAGAGAGAAAAACUGUGUCAAUGUAAAUGUUAUUUCAAGAAGCAAACAAAGAUUAAGGUCAAAAUGGCUGUGCUGCGGUGAAGCAUGAAAUAAGGUUAAAUAAAAAUAAACAAUUUUGAAUAUUUCUACGCUUUUGAGUUGAAAAAAAAAGUGUUCUUUAUGUGGUGA